GUAUUGUUUAUUGAUCUUUUUAUCGGCAUUUUAAAAACUAUGUGCCAAAACAAAAUAUUAAUAUCUCGAGUGCCCGUGAGAAGAAAGCAAACUUUAGAAAUUAAAUAAUUCGAUCGACUUGAAUAAUACUCAUUGAGUAGAGAAAUUAGAAACUCGUCGGGUCGCCGGUUCUGCUGUUCGACUAGCUAACUAUUCCGGAUGAAUGAAGUCUUAAUUACCAUUUGUUGGUGUGGACGUUCGGCACAUUAUAAGACAGUGCUACAGACACAGUACAACCCAUGCGAGAGUCCGGAAUCAAUCACACUCAAACAUCCUCUCUACCAUUGAGGUCAUGUAAACAAAUCGGAAGUCCAGUAGGUUUGACACAAACCCGCUUAAAUAUUUUUGUAAAUACUAGUGUAUGCGUGGUAGUGUAAUUGAUGCAGUUCGAACCAUGAGUAUUGGGCCAAAGUAUUCGCGGACUUACAGUCUUUGCAAGAUUUUGUUUUUAUAUUGGAGUUUCAAUUUGAUAUCCCCAAUACGGACUUUGCCGACUAUAUCAACAUCGAAUACAACGGAAACUGAUGGGCUAAUAGAAGCACAAAAUGACACGAAUAUUGAGCUAUUUCAUUGGGAAGAUUAUAGUGUGCUUGCAGCAAUGCUUAUUAUUUCAUGUGCCAUCGGGGUAUUUUAUGGUUAUUUUGGAGAGAAACAGAUGACUGGGGAUGACUUCCUACUUGGUGGUUCCUCUAUGGGAACUUUUCCAAUGGCUUUAAGCUUAGCAGCUAGUUUUAUAACUGCAAUAGAGUUACUGGGUAACCCAGCAGAGAUGUACAUGGCUGGAGGUCAAUUUUGGAUGAUUUGUUUGGCCUUUGUGCUCGUGGUCCCUGUAACGAGUCAUCUGUACCUUCCAGUAUUUAUGAGACUUCGAUUGACUUCAUGUUAUGAGUAUCUCGAAGUUCGCUUUUGCAAAUCAAUGCGUGUGUACGCGAGCUCUCUCUAUAUGAUGCAAAUGAUACUGUAUACGGCAGUGGCAGUGUACGCACCGGCGCUCGCCUUAUCUGAUGUAACGGGCUUGAACACAUAUUUAGCAGUCUCAGUAGUCUACAUCGUGUGCAUUUUCUACGCUUCCCAGGGCGGCAUGAAGGCGGUGAUCAUGACGGACUCAUUUCAGUCAGUGGUGCUCCUUGGAUCUCUCGCUGCGGUUCUAGCGCUGGGCGCUGAGCGAAUUGGCGGCUUGGAUUCAGUUUGGGAUUACGCAAGACGCACCGAUAGGCUACAUUUUUUUGACAUGAAUCCGGACCCGACAGUGCGGCAUUCGUUUUGGUCAGUGGUGGUGGGUGGAACAGUUUACUGGAUCAGCAUGUUCUGCGCCAACCAGGCAUCUGUGCAAAAGUAUCUCUCGGUGGAGCGCGUGUCCCAGGCCCGCAUUGCGCUCUGGGUGUCCGCUAUCGGGCUGGUGGCGGUGUAUUCUGUGAACUUUACCACCGGAGCUCUUCUUGCCGCGCAUUACGCAGGAUGCGAUCCAAUACAGGCCGGCGUCAUACACGCCUCCGAUCGUCUUCUUCCACUGUACGUCGUCGGAGAACUGGGUGAAUAUCGUGGAGUUCCCGGAUUUUUCGUCGCAGGCAUCUUCGCGGCUAGCCUAGGAACCGUAGCGUCUGCGCUCAACUCUUUAGCAGCUGUUGCGUGUCAAGACUUAGCAACGGGGCUUUUAGGCAUCACUUUACCAGAAGAGAAAGGGGCAGCUAUAGCGAAAUGGGUGUGCCUCGGCUGCGGUGCACUUUCCUUCGCACUUGUGUUUGCAGUCGAGAGACUUGGGCCAGUCCUUCAACUGGCGCUGUCUUUCAAUGGCAUGGCUGGUGGCGUAUCUCUAGGACUUUUUAGUCUUGGUAUGCUUUUCCCCUGGGCUAACGCUAAGGGAGCUGUCGCAGGCGGUGUGCUGGGCUUGGUGCUGGUGGUGGUGGCGGGCGGCGGAGCGCAGUUCGCGCAGGUGACCCCUGUGCGCUUACCAGCGUCUGUGGACUCCUGUCCGGCAUCGUUCAAUAUGACAUCCCUAAGCAUAGAUCCAACAGAAAACCACGACGAAGCUGUGUUCUGGUUGUUUCGAGUGUCGUAUCUGUGGUACUCGAGCUUAGGCUGCGUCGCCACACUGCUCAUCGGACUAGUGGUCUCGCUCAUCACCGGCGUCACCAACCCUGCCGAUGUCCCUAUUGACCUCAUUUCACCGCCUGUCGUCAGUUUCCUCAACUCAUUGCCAAUUAAAUUAAAGAAAGCGUUGCGGGUUCCAACGAGGUUGGGCUCCGAGCGGCGCAGGAGCUCGAGCGUGCGUCCCCCGAGUAUGGCCGACGACAAGGACACGCGGCGCAGGCGGCGCCUGUCCGAGCUGGCGGGCGGCGUGUUCUACAGCGACGGGCAUACGCUCACCCGCGGCCACGACAACCACGCCCUCGGCCUCGACUCCGAGAAACCUCCUCCCCAGGAGUACAAGCGCACGAGCUUCAAGCUCGACCCUCCGCUGAGCCCUAACACUUCCACUUCGACGUGUUGAGUGUAACUUAUCGCACAUCCUGAAGUUAGAAGUUUUAGAACCACCUGUCGUAUUUGCCGAUAAGGGUGCCUAUCCGCUAAAGCAAAGUGGAGUAGAGCGACCAAUCAGAUUAUUAUAAGAUUACGUCAUAAAUGUCUAAUCAAUUUUUUCGUGAACACAUUUAAUUAUUUUUUUUGUGAUGUAACUACAAAUUCACGGUUAUCGGAUUGUUUUCUUUACUUGUG